AUGAUGUUCGAUCCCACACUGUCGGCGGCGUCGUCACACUCGGCGGCCGCACUGGAGGCUCGUACCGCGGCAGUGGCGGCGAGCGCGGCAGCGGUGGCCAAGUCCGCCAAGGCGGUCGAUGUGCAGGCGGCAAACGCCGUGGCGGACAUCCUCGCCUUGCGAUCGGCACUCGCGCAGCUGCCCGAAGUGCUCCAGGAACUGGAGGAGGCGUCAGCGCGGAUGACACGGCUGGCGGCUACUGUCGCUGCUGUCGACGCUGCACUCGGCGACGUUGAUGCUGUUGUCCUCGAGGCCGAGAGCCAGGUCAUGGCCCUUGCUUCUGAGCGUGACUACGCCCGCUACGUACGCGCCCGCGAGGACGCACUCGCCCGAGUCGAGGCGCAGCUGAUGCGGGUCACCGUCCAGCGCGAAGCCGCCUCGCUCACCCGCCUCGCCAUCGAGACCGAGUCGGAGCGACGCAAGCUGGACCUUGCCACCGAGCGCGCCCGGCUGGAGGAGCUCCGUGCCGCAUCGCCGCGGGCCAGUCCUCGCCCACACGCUGCACCGGCAGCUGCCGCCGGUCCACCGCCGCUCAGCAAUGAGAGCACAGACAGCGACGACGCGCCGACGCAGUCGGGACUGGCCCCGCCGCCGCGCGACGCCAUUGUCCCGGUUCGCACUGCCCGAGGCAUGGUCGCCGCUCUACCCUCCUUCUCCACCGUGGCCGAGGAGCCGCUCACCCUCUCCGAGUUGGGCGCGGCCAAGGCCGAGUGCAUCGCCCGCGAGGCUUUUCUUGUCGCCAAGGUCUUCAAGCAGCGGGCCGAGGCCAUCGCUGCCGUCGAGGCCGACAAAGCUCAGGCCGUUGCUGCCGAGGACUUUGACGCCGCCCUCGCCGCCCACGAGCGCCUCUCCUCUCUCACUGCACGCAUGCCGUUUCUUGAAGAGCACGCCGAAGUGCUGGAGUACCAUGCCGAUGCGUAG